GACGAGAGGGAGGGAAGGUGGGCGGGGGCAGGUACCACGUGCUGCACCCAUUAAAGCCGUUUAGUGACUCGAAGUCCUCUCUCCUCUGUCACUGGCUAUGAUGAACAAGGAAGAGAGAGAGAGAGAGAGAGGGACCCCCACACCUUCACUGUUUCUUCUUCAGUUCCUCUCUCUCUCUCUCUCUCUACAUCGCUCACUUUGUCUCUGAGCUGCUGAAUAGCCCCCAAACAAACUCAAACCUACCUCCUCCCUCAUUCAUGAUUUUUAAAACCUCCCAACUGCACACUCCUCCUCCCAAUAACCCACUCCCACAAGAAACACCCCCCCUCCCAUUCCCUCCUUCCUUCUACCUCUGCGGAACACAUCACAUUUUCUCCUCCUCCCUGUCUCUGUCUCUGUCUCUGUCCCUCUCUAUCUGGGCUGCUUCGUUGCUGCUCUGGGCUCUUGAUUUGUUCGCGCCCCUUGAUUGUUAAUGAUUGAUUGUUGCCCCCACUUAGUUCCCGUCUCUCAAUUGCCAAGAUGUCGGAAGCCCAGAGGGAGUCGACAAAGCUCAGCCUCGGGCACGUGAACUUGAACGGGCAUGUAAAUGGCGCGGUGCCGAUACGGAGCCCUGCCACCAUCUCUGAAGUGGACGAGUUCUGCAGAGCCCUUGGAGGCAAAAGACCGAUCCAUAGUAUCUUGAUAGCGAACAAUGGAAUGGCUGCGGUCAAGUUCAUAAGGAGUGUGAGGACAUGGGCUUAUGAGACGUUCGGCACCGAGAAGGCCAUUCUCUUGGUUGCUAUGGCUACUCCAGAGGACAUGAGAAUCAAUGCCGAGCAUAUUAGGAUUGCUGAUCAGUUCGUGGAAGUUCCUGGUGGGACCAACAAUAACAAUUAUGCCAAUGUGCAGCUCAUUGUAGAGAUGGCCGAGAGUACCCAUGUUGAUGCCGUGUGGCCUGGUUGGGGCCAUGCAUCGGAGAACCCUGAGCUACCCGAUGCAUUGAGUGCAAAGGGGAUUGUAUUUCUUGGACCUCCUGCUACUUCUAUGGCAGCAUUGGGAGAUAAGAUUGGUUCGUCUCUCAUUGCUCAAACGGCGGAAGUGCCCACUCUUCCGUGGAGUGGUUCUCAUGUAAAGAUUUCUCCAGACGGUUGCUUGGUGACAAUUCCCGAAGAGAUAUACAGGGAAGCUUGCGUAUAUACUACAGAGGAGGCAAUAGUAAGUUGUCAAGUUGUCGGUUACCCUGCAAUGAUCAAGGCAUCUUGGGGGGGUGGCGGUAAGGGUAUACGAAAGGUUCAUAAUGAUGAUGAAGUUCGGGCCUUGUUCAAGCAAGUUCAGGGUGAAGUUCCUGGCUCGCCUAUAUUCAUAAUGAAAGUUGCUUCCCAGAGCCGGCAUUUAGAGGUCCAACUGCUCUGUGAUCAGUACAGCAAUGUUGCUGCUCUGCACAGUCGUGAUUGUAGUGUCCAAAGACGUCACCAAAAGAUUAUCGAGGAAGGUCCGAUCACUGUUGCUCCUUUAGAAACUGUUAAGAAGUUAGAGCAGGCAGCUCGAAGGUUAGCGAAAUGUGUAAAUUAUGUUGGAGCAGCGACUGUCGAGUACCUGUACAGUAUGGACACUGGAGAAUACUACUUUCUGGAGCUCAAUCCUAGGUUACAGGUGGAGCAUCCUGUCACCGAAUGGAUUGCUGAAAUAAAUCUACCAGCUGCCCAAGUUGUAGUAGGGAUGGGAAUUCCACUAUGGCAGAUCCCAGAGAUAAGGCGGUUUUAUGGCAUGGAGCAUGGUGGAGGGUAUGAUUCUUGGAGGAAAACUUCGCCAGUUGCCACUCCCUUUGAUUUCGAUAAGGCAGAGUCAACAAGGCCAAAGGGUCACUGUGUAGCUGUCCGUGUCACCAGUGAGGACCCAGAUGAUGGGUUUAAGCCUACUAGUGGGAAAGUACAGGAAUUAAGUUUCAAAAGCAAGCCGAAUGUGUGGGCUUACUUUUCUGUCAAGUCUGGAGGAGGCAUACAUGAAUUCUCGGACUCACAAUUUGGACAUGUUUUUGCCUUUGGAGAGUCCAGAGCUCUAGCUAUCGCAAACAUGGUUCUCGGAUUGAAAGAAAUUCAGAUUCGCGGUGAGAUCCGUACAAAUGUCGACUACACGAUUGAUCUUCUGCAUGCUUUCGAGUAUAGGGAGAACAAGAUACACACGGGGUGGUUGGACAGCAGGAUUGCUAUGCGGGUCAGAGCUGAAAGGCCACCUUGGUAUCUCUCUGUUGUUGGAGGGGCAUUAUAUAAAGCAACUGCCAGCAGCGCUGCUGUUGUUUCAGAUUAUGUGGGUUACCUUGAGAAGGGGCAAAUACCUCCCAAGCAUAUAUCGCUUGUCAACUCUCAAGUGUCUUUGAACAUAGAAGGAAGCAAAUACACGAUUGACAGGGUUAGAGGUGGUCCGGGAAGCUACAGAUUGAAGAUGAACGAGUCUGAGAUUGAGGCAGAGAUCCACACUUUACGUGAUGGCGGUCUACUAAUGCAGUUGGAUGGAAACAGUCAUGUUAUAUAUGCUGAAGAAGAGGCAGCUGGAACUCGUCUCCUCAUCGAUGGAAGGACUUGUUUGCUCCAGAAUGAUCACGAUCCAUCAAAGUUGAUGGCGGAGACACCAUGCAAGCUCCUAAGGUAUCUGGUCUCUGAUGGUAGCCAUAUAGAUGCUGACACACCUUACGCUGAGGUUGAGGUCAUGAAGAUGUGUAUGCCUCUUCUCUCACCUGCUUCUGGGGUUGUUAAAUUUGAGAUGUCUGAAGGCCAAGCCAUGCAGGCUGGUGAGCUCAUAGCAAGGCUGGACCUGGAUGAUCCUUCAGCCGUUAGAAAAGCCGAGCCUUUCCAUGGCAGUUUUCCGGUCCUGGGCCCACCUACUGCUGUUUCUGGGAAGGUUCAUCAGAGAUGUGCAGCGAGCUUAAAUGCAGCACGAAUGAUUCUUGCUGGUUACGAACAUAACAUUGAUGAAGUUGUCCAAAACUUGCUUGCUUGUCUUGAUAGUCCAGAGCUCCCAUACCUUCAAUGGCAAGAGUGCCUGUCCGUUCUCGCAAAUCGUCUUCCAAAGGAACUCAGAAACGAGUUGGAAUCAAGGUACAAAGAAUUCGAAAGCAUUUCUGGCUCUCACAAUGUUGACUUCCCAGCAAAAUCGCUCCGGGGCAUUCUCGAAGCUCAUCUGUCCACUUGUUCUGAGAAAGAGAAGGGAUCCCAGGAAAGGCUUGUAGAGCCAUUGAUGAGCCUCGUGAAGUCUUACGAGGGUGGAAGAGAAAGUCACGCCCGUGUUAUUGUUCAGUCCUUAUUCGAAGAAUAUCUCUCGGUCGAAGAGUUAUUUAGUGACAACAUCCAGGCUGACGUGAUUGAACGUCUUCGGCUUCAGUAUAAGAAGGAUCUGUUGAAAGUUGUUGAUAUAGUGCUCUCUCAUCAGGGCGUUAAAAGUAAAAAUAAGCUGAUAUUGCGACUCAUGGAACAACUUGUUUACCCUAACCCUGCUGCUUACAGAAAGAAAUUAAUCCGUUUCUCCACUUUAAACCACACAAACUAUUCUGAGUUAGCCUUGAAGGCAAGUCAGCUGCUGGAGCAGACCAAGUUGAGUGAACUUCGGUCCAAUAUUGCCAGAAGUCUUUCAGAACUAGAGAUGUUUACUGAGGAUGGUGAGAACAUGGACACCCCAAAGAGGAAAAGCGCCAUUAACGAGAGGAUAGAAGAUUUGGUAAGUGCUCCAUUGGCAGUGGAGGAUGCUCUUGUUGGUCUUUUUGACCACAGCGAUCAUACUCUUCAGAGGCGGGUUGUGGAGAGUUAUGUUCGAAGGCUGUACCAGCCCUACCUUGUGAAGGGUAGUGUCAGGAUGCAGUGGCACCGGUCAGGUCUCAUAGCCUCAUGGGAGUUCUUGGAAGAGCAUAUUGAGAGGAAAAAUGGUGGCGAAGAUUAUUUACCUGAUAAGCAAUUGGUUGAGAAGCACAGUGAGAGGAGAUGGGGUGCCAUGGUCAUCAUAAAAUCCCUCCAAUUAUUGCCUGCAAUCAUUAGUGCUGCAUUGAGGGAGACGACUCAUAACCUUAUCGAGGCCAUCCCCAAUGGCUGUGCUGAACCAAAGAGCUAUGGUAACAUGAUGCACAUCGCAUUGGUGGGGAUCAACAAUCAGAUGAGUCUUCUUCAAGACAGUGGUGAUGAGGAUCAGGCGCAAGAAAGAAUUAACAAGUUAGCAAAGAUUCUUAAAGAGCGGGAGCUAAGCGCGAGUCUCCGAAGCUCUGGUGUUGGAGUAAUCAGCUGCAUCAUACAGAGGGACGAAGGCCGGGCACCAAUGAGGCACUCAUUUCACUGGGCAGCAGAAAAAUCCUACUUUGAGGAAGAUGCACUGUUACGGCAUUUGGAGCCACCUCUAUCAAUUUACCUCGAAUUGGACAAGCUCAAGGGUUAUGAGAAUAUCCGCUACACUCCCUCUAGAGACCGCCAGUGGCAUCUCUACACAGUUUCAGACAAGCCCCUGCCCAUCCAGAGGAUGUUCCUCAGGACACUCGUGAGGCAGCCUGCAGCGAGCAGCAAUUUCACUACUUAUCAGGGCAUGGACAUGGUACCUGUGGGCUCUGAGAACAUGUCAUACACUUCCAGGAGCAUUCUGAGAUCAUUACUGGUGGCACUGGAAGAGCUGGAACUCAAUGCCCAUAAUGCGAAAGGGAAAUAUGACUACGCCCACAUGUACCUCUAUGUUGUGCAGGAGCAACAACUUGGUGAUCUCAUGCCUUUCAUCAAGAGAAUUGAGGUGGAUGCAGAGAAAGAAGAGUCUGCGGUUGAAGUUAUAUUGGAUGAAUUGGCGCAUGAAAUUCAUGCAUCCGUUGGAGUGGGAAUGUAUAGGUUAGGUGUUUGUGAGUGGGAAGUGAAGCUCUGGAUCGCAUCUUCGGGGCCUGCAAACGGUGCGUGGAGAUUCGUGGUCACAAAUGUGACAGGACAUACAUGCACAACCCAUAUCUACCGUGAGUUAGAGGAUACUGGCAAACACGGAGUGAUGUAUCAUUCCAUAUCUUCCCAGGGCCCUUUGCAUGGUGUGCUGGUUAAUGCACAGUAUAAACCUCUGAGAGCUCUUGAAAGGAAACGUCUCUCUGCCAGAGCAAAUGGAACCACUUACUGCUACGACUUCCCUCUUGCAUUCCACACAUCCCUGGAGCAGGUAUGGGCAUCCCAGGUUCCAGGCUACAGCAAAAAGCCCAAGGAAAAAAAUCUUGUAAGAGUGACCGAGCUAAAGUUUGCUGACAGAAGUGGGACCUGGGGCACUCCUCUCGUCCCUGUGGUCCGUGAACCCGGGAACAAUGAUGUGGGCAUGGUGGCUUGGCUCAUGGAGAUGUACACUCCUGAAUUCCCUUCUGGGAGGAGAGUAUACAUCGUUGCAAAUGACGUCACCUUCAAGGCGGGUUCAUUUGGUCCCAGAGAGGACGCCUUCUUCCAUGCAGUGACGGAGCUUGCAUGUGCCGAGAAAUUACCCCUGAUAUACUUGGCUGCAAACUCAGGGGCGCGGUUGGGGGUCGCCGAGGAAGUCAAAGCCCGGUUCAGGAUUGGAUGGUCGGAUGAGUCGAACCCUGAGCGUGGAUUCCAGUAUGUGUACUUGACCCCUGAGGAUUUCUCUGAGAUUUCAACAUCAGUGCUUGCCCAUGAGUUGAAAAUGCCAGAUGGGGAAGUUCGGUGGGUUAUUGAUACUGUUGUAGGGAAGGAGGAUGGUCUUGGAGUUGAGAAUUUAAGUGGAAGUGGGGCAAUUGCCAGUGCCUACUCGAAAGCAUACAAGGAGACUUUUACCUUAACAUACGUGACGGGAAGGACUGUAGGAAUUGGGGCUUACCUUGCUCGGCUUGGGAUGAGGUGCAUUCAGAGGCUCGAUCAGCCCAUUAUCUUGACUGGCUUCUCUGCACUGAACAAACUUCUGGGCCGUGAGGUGUACAGCUCCCACAUGCAGCUUGGUGGGCCCAAGAUCAUGGCCACUAAUGGUGUGGUCCAUCUCACAGUCUCGGACGAUCUUGAAGGGGUCUCGGCGAUCUUGAAUUGGCUGAGCUACGUUCCUCCCCAUGUGGGAGGCCCACUUCCCAUGUCCAGUUCGUUGGAUCCUCCAGAGAGGCCCGUGGAGUAUGUUGCAGAGAAUUCAUGCGAUCCUCGGGCUGCCAUUUGCGGUUCUUUGGAUAGCACGGGGAAGUGGGCAGGAGGAAUUUUUGACAAGGAUAGCUUUGUUGAAACCUUGAAGGGCUGGGCCAGGACGGUUGUAACGGGCAGGGCCAAGCUCGGGGGUAUUCCUGUGGGAAUAGUGGCAGUUGAGACCCAGACAGUGAUGCAAGUGAUUCCUGCUGACCCGGGUCAGCUGGAUUCCCACGAGCGGGUGGUCCCACAGGCAGGUCAAGUUUGGUUCCCUGAUUCUGCCACCAAGACAGCCCAGGCACUGCUCGAUUUUAACCGAGAAGAGUUGCCACUGUUCAUCCUUGCCAACUGGCGGGGCUUCUCAGGUGGGCAGAGGGACCUGUUCGAGGGGAUACUUCAAGCUGGAUCCACAAUAGUGGAAAAUCUCCGGACCUAUAAGCAACCCGUGUUUAUUUACAUCCCAAUGAUGGGAGAGCUCCGUGGUGGGGCCUGGGUGGUUGUUGACAGUCGAAUCAACUCUGACCACAUUGAGAUGUAUGCUGACCGGACGGCUAAGGGCAAUGUGCUCGAGCCUGAGGGCAUGAUCGAGAUCAAGUUCAAGACAAGGGAGCUGUUGGAAUGCAUGGGAAGGCUUGAUAGGGAGCUAAUCGAUCUGAGGACAAAGCUCGAAGAAUCAAGAUCCGCCGGUUGUAGAGCAAUGGUCGAGGAGUUGCAACAGAAAAUUAAGGCUCGAGAGAGGACCCUUCUGCCUGUUUACACCCAAAUAGCCACAAAAUUCGCGGAACUCCAUGAUACUUCACUUAGGAUGGCCGCGAAGGGGGUGAUAAGGGAAGUCAUCGAUUGGAAGAAAUCACGCUAUUUCUUCUAUAAGAGACUUUAUCGAAGAAUUUCUGAGGCUUUGCUUGUGAGGACUGUCAGAGAAGCUGCAGGCGAUCGGCUAUCUCAUAGUUCAGCGAUUGACAUGAUAAAGAACUGGUUCUUAAGUUCAGACCAUGCAAAAGGGAAGGCAGAAGGAGAUGCUUGGGUGGACGAUGAGGCUUUCUUUUCGUGGAAGGAUGACCCCAGGAAUUAUGAAGAGCAGCUCAAGGAAUUGCGAGCCCAGAAGGUUUUGCUGCAGUUGACGAGAAUCGGUGACUCAACGUUGGAUCUGCAAGCUCUGCCACAAGGUCUUGCUGCCCUUCUAAGCAAGGUGGAUCCAUCGAGUCGAGCGAAUUUGAUCAAUGAACUCCUGAAGGUGCUUAAUUGAAUGCAUUCGGCUGUGCAUAUUAGUGCAUGAUAGAUCGAUGGUUGAUGCUAAGCAAAAUACCAUCAUGGAAAAACGAGGUUAAGAUCGUCUCCCCGAGCUGUAGAUUCUUUCUUUAAUAUAGUCGAUAUUAAUUUAUAGGGUCGUAGGAUUUCUGGAGAGUAUAGAUGGAGGACCGGUUACCAAUGAGCAGAGGCUUUUGUUCGUCUGUUAGUUCAAUACCAGUCGAUAGUUUACAUGUUCUUCGUGAAAACUAUUUGUAAUUAUUUCAUCAAUAAUCAAUAAAUUUCGUUAAGCCGAA